AUGGGAGUUUCUGUUCUUCAUCCUCGUGAUUAUCUUAAUGAUCUUUUAUCCAAUAACAGUCUUAACCAUCCUCACCGGCAGAAAAAACCGGUACCAAAUCGCUGUCGCCGGAGUCCGCCACGUCGUCAAUCGACGAGCUCUCCUCCUCCUGUCUCUGCUUUUAUCCCAAAUGGAUCAAAGAAAAAGAAUCUCAACCACAUAAACAAUCAUGUGAGGAUUUUGAAACGUGGUGAGGAAAUCGGCGAUAAGAUACCAGAUCUGGGGGUUGAAAAGCCAGAUCUGAAACCUACUCGUCAGAUUAGAUCAGAUCUGAUGAAGAUUCUGACUCAGAUCAGAACUUCCGAUCGUAAAUCGAUGCCGGCUUUGUUUUACGCUGGUCCAGUCACAUCGACCUCUCCGCCGCCGAGCGAUGUUCCCUUGCCGGCGUUCUUCGCGAAGAAAAGCGUCUCCGUAUUCAAACCCGCCGACGCAACCAACGAUCUGAUCAGAAUCAUGCGCUUAGAUAUCGCAUGA